AUGUCUGACCAGAGGGAGUACGGUCAUGAAGAGGUCAUACAGAUCUUCGAUCAGUGUGUACCAAAACCUGAGAAUCCAGACGAACUCUUCAUGAAAAUUUACUUGCUUCAAUGGAGAGAUGAGAGAACAGAUAUGAAACUCAGACCAAUACCAAUCUUUCUAGGUUUCUGCAAUUACCUAGAACAAGCAUACCAGAUUAAAGGGUCUGACACCAUCUUCCUCCAAAAAUAA